CUGGGCUAUUGCUGGGCUAUUCCUAUUGUGGAUGGCCUUAGAGAGAGUGGAUUGAUUUGAACUAUUAAUCGACUUCGUAGAACGAACCCUAAUCAGUGGAUCUAAUAAUCCGAUUGCAGAUUUUUGAGCGAGUGCGAUGGCAACUUCUAAAAGCGCAUCAGCGGCAAUUCGCCUUAGCAGAUCGGCGGCGUCAGCCUUCCGGGCGUCCAGCGCCGGCCGACAGGUUCCCCACACUCCAUCUGCCGCCGGCCAAUUGACUCGCUCAGAUCUCGCUGCUGCUAUCGGGCGCCCCCGUGCCCUAAUGUUCCCCAGUGGCAGCAACAUCUCUUCUUCUACUCUGUUCUCUGCCUCAUGCCUCAACCGCGUGUCAUCCCGCCCCUACUCCUCCUCCUCUGCCCAGAUCCCAGGAACUAGAGCUAUUCGGUCCGUACUCUGGCAUAUAAAUGACGGCAUGGAAGAGGUUCUGGCAGAUUAUGUUCACCAUGAAAUGACUCGAACUUGGAUCUCGAUCUGUUUGAGACUGUUCGUUAUAAUCAUGACUAAGGACGUUGUCGUUGCUGUUGCUGAUCUCUAAAAGUGGAGCUGUCUACAUGGAAAUGUGCUAACAAGAUGGCACAAUAUUCCCGGUCUUUAGGAAGAAAGGAAAUUAAUAAAGUGAACCUGUGCUCUGCUGAAGACCGAUCUCUGUCUCGAAAUGUAUGAAUUGUUAUUAAGAUGCAGAUUAGCUACUGCUAGGAAAUAAAAAUGAUCAUACAAAGCAUGUAUGAAGUUAUAUUGUGAUUACUAUUUUAUACAGUUGCUGCAUUUGGCUCGCAA